UUGACGUGAAUGAAAAUAGUAUGGAGCAGACAAUUAAUAAAAUCCGACGUUGUCUGAUGCGCUUUCAAUAAAAAAAGACUUUUAAUUUAAAUCAAAUUACUACUGAGUAACACACCAAAAUUGUCUGUUGUGCAAGCUGUUAUUGAAAAUGUGAAUAUUGUUUGUGAAUCGAUCGGAAAAUUUAUUUUCAUUUGUGUGCAAAGUGACCCCAUUCGUUUCCGUCAAUGUGUUGCAGAGCAUGUGAUUAAGAUUAAAAAAUCAAUAAAUUUGGUUACAUCAUAAUAAUUACGUAUUCAGGUGUUAAACACAUCUUUCAUUUGUGCCAAACUGUUAAAACGAAUUGUUAUAAUGAAUGUCUUUAAUGAAUUUCAUUUCAUGAAUGAAUGAAGUAAAAAAAAUAUCAACAAAAACAACGGAAAGCGAAAAAUUUUCGGGUCAAAAUAUCGAAUCAUUCGGUUGAGAGUUUUUGUUUUGUUUUCUGUUUUUCUGAUACCAGAGAAUUGUUAUUAAGUGUUUUGGGAUGUGCGAGCAUUAUCGUUUCGCAAUUCGAUAGUGAACGGCCGAUCUAUUGUUAUGCUGAGUAUUUACUAGACAUUACUUACAUCUAAGAACGGAAAAUCUUCAGGCAGACAAAAUGACAGUGGAUUUUAAUGACUAUUUUUGGGGUGACAAAAACAAUGGAUUCGACGUGUUGUAUCACAACAUGAAAUACGGACUAGUGGCGAGCAAAGAAUUAUCGGAUUUCUUUCGCGAGAAGUCAAACAUUGAAGAGCACAACUCAAAGUUAAUGACAAAAUUGGCUAACAAAGCCGGUUCUGGAUGUGUUAAUGGGACAUUUGCACCGAUUUGGGUGGUGCUGAAAUCAUCGGCCGAUCGACUAGCAUCGUUGCACUUACAAAUGGUGCAAAAGAUAUCAGAGCUGGUUAAGGAUGUGGCGAAAUAUGCAGAUGAAUUGCAUAAAAAGCAUAAAACGGUGAAAGAGGAAGAGUCUAGCACACUGGAAGUGGUACAGGCAAUGCAGUCGUCAACGGUUGCCGUUCAAAAAUCAAAAGAUUUGUACAAUAGUAAAAUGUUGGAAUUUGAGAAGCUGAAGAAGGAUAAUGCGUCGACAAAAGAUUUAGAAAAGGCGGAAACGAAGCUGAAGAAACAGCAGGACGACUACAAAGCUUUGUUGGAAAAGCAUAACCCCGUUAAGAUGGAAUUUGAACGUAGGAUGAAUAUCACGUGCAAGAAAUUUCAAGAUAUUGAGGAUAGUCAUUUGAAGCAAAUGAAAGAGUUCCUGUCGACGUACAUUGAGCUUUUACAGAACAAUCACGAUAUGGUGGGACAAGUUCAUUCCGAAUUUAAGCGGCAGUUUUUAGAAAUGACCGUCGAUAAACUCUUAGAACAAUUUGUUUUAAGUAAAUACACAGGCCUUGAGAAACCAGAAAUUGUUGAGCUUGAUUUGGCUAAUUGGUCAAGUGCAACCAAUCUAAAUGCAACCACUACCACUCAAUCAAACAACACUACUCAACCUCAUCAAUCGGCUAACAUAACACUAAACUCAUCCGAUUUGCCUGGUUCGCCAGCCACAACCAAUUCAACAACCACGAAAAGAGAACCCUAUCUGAGAAAUUGGUUCCUAACAUCCUCCUCAUCAUCAUCGUCGUCAGCUGCUACAGCACAGCAGCAACAACAUCUGACACCGGUACCAACGACCACCACACCGAUUCCCAUUGUCAGUUUGUCGUCAGCGAACGACACAAAAUCGGAUUCCGUCGAUGUAACGCCAAAUCAGUCACCACAGCAAAGUGUUCAUCCAUCGGUACCAAGUACGCAUUACCAUCAAACGAAUAAUGGCGAAAGCAUUGACAAAGUAAAUAAUAAACCGUCGGCUGCGCAACCGCAACAGCAUCAACAAAAAUCUUCCCGCCGCACUACUUCCCUUCUAAAUCUCUUCAUGUCUAAUUCUCAGGGAAGUCGUGAGAGUCGUGGUAGCCGUGACUCUUCGUCCAUAGAAGUAUUAUCAGCUCCGACAAGUCCCAGUGACCAUAACCAAACAAAUUCACAAAUCGGCCGGAAUCCUUUAAGAGGAUCAAAAUUUUCAGCCAUAUUACGGAGCGGUAGAAAUAAAGCCAAAGUGAAAAAAGCCAAUAAAAAGAAGAAGGACGGCGUUGAAACAUCGAGCACAAAGGACGAAAAGACGUCAGUUGCCGAGGAGGUUACUGAAGAAAAUAAAGUAGAGGAAACACCUGUCGUAUCAUUGAAGUCCAGCACGCCUUUAGCACCGACUGCUACCCCAGAUGUAGAUGAAGACGGUUACAGUAUUCAGCCGAAGGAACCGCAAUGGGAAACUGUGGCUAGUAAAAAAGAAAUCUUCUAUUCCGACUCGGACAGUGAUUCCGAACACGAUGAACAAGAAAGAAAAAUUCGAGUGGAAAUUAAACCGCUCAACAAUGGAAUUGCUCCAAUUUCUGCUAGCGUAGAUGAGUUGCGAGCAACAGUGGAAAGUUUGUCAUUGUCGCCAUUGGGAGGAGCUCUAUCGGCACGUCAUGGUUCAAAUUCUGAAAGCGAUUCGUUUAUGAAACGCUCUCACUCUGUGUCCCAGCAAUUCAGCGAUAAACCGAGUAACGAUUUACUGGGCCUUAAUUUGUUUCAGCAACACCAAAGUCCCGGUGCAUCAAAUGCAUCGACGCCCACAGCUUCACAUCCGUACGCACCGUUACAAAGUCCUACAUUAUCUGUGUCCAAUACUUCAAGAUACGCUGAUUUGGGCGACAUAUUUUCGGAAGUGGGUGAAAUCAGUGCCUCCGCUCCAGCAUCAGCGAAUCUUAGCAAAUCGGGCCGACAAAUACCAACGCCGACAUCAGCCAACAGCAUUGCCAUACCCCGUCCACCAUCUAGGCGUGAAGCUGCUGUUAGAGGCCGUGUAAGUCCAUCAACAAUAUCUCGUGCAGAUAGUGUUGGCAGCCUAGAGUUUCGUACAGCGAGCAUUGGCAUUGGCUCGUCGAGAGGGCCAUCGCCGUUAACGAUUGGAAUGAGCGAUACAGUACCGUUGGCUGUCGCAUUUCACGAGAUAGUGCAUGCCUAUUUUAAUUUUCCAUCAAUCUCUAGGGGCAGUGAUGAAUCUCGGUGCCAGGUGAAGAUGUCGGGCGAUAUGAUGUUGUCUUUUCCGGCUGGUAUUGUCAGUGUAUUAGCGAAUAAUCCGAAUCCGGCGAAAUUAGGCUUCCGCAUCAAAAAUACUCAAAAUUUGGAAAAUGUCUUACCGAACAAACAACUUGUCACAAUUGAUCAACUGCAGUCGACUAGUUUAAGCACCGUUCUUGAAUUCAACAUGCCUGCAUUGACAUCGUUAUUGCGCCGUCAGUCCGAACAAAAUCCCACUGCGUCCUACUUCAACGUUGACAUUCUCAAAUAUCAAGUCAAAUCAAAAUCGGGUGCGUUAUCAUGCCCAUUUCAGCUGGUGUGCUAUUGGAAGUGUGAACCGACCCACACCGACAUAAAAAUCGACUACAAAUACAACAGUCAUGCGAUGGCAGCCCCGUCACCGUUGCUUAACGUUUCCAUAUCGGUGCCGGUUGAUGGUGGUGUGAAAAAUGUACAAUCGAAACCGUUUUCCGCUUGGCUGGGCGAAUCGAACCGUUUGGUCUGGAAUUUCACGGACAUUUCGCAACAUUCUGAUAACAAUGGCGUUGGAACGUUGAGAGCCCGACUGGAUGUGGCCAAUGGUCCGUCGAAUCCGUCGAUGUUAACCACACAAUUCAAUUGUGAAGGUACAACUCUAUCUGGUAUCGAAUUUGAAUUGGUCGGUGCUGGGUAUCGACUGUCUUUGGUGAAGAGGAGAUUUGUAUCUGGAAAAUACAUCUGCGAAGGGGACGGUAUUCGGAACAUGACAACGCCAACGCCACCCAGCUCCAGCUCACCAAGUCCAUACAAUCGUACUGGUUAGCCGCAUGCAUUAUAAAAUCAAUUUAGAGCAUAAAAUUAACAAUUGAAUACAAUUCGCAACAAUGAACUUGUUUUUAACAAGAAAAAAAACUAAAUUAAAAAUAAAGGGAACGUGAACCACCUAAUUAAUCACGUUGAUCAGUUAACGAAACA